AAUUGAAUGUUGCAAUUUUUGUUCUUGAAUUUUAAUUGUACAAAUUCUUUAGCAUCGCGUUAAGAACUGUUGUUUGGAAGAGAAUGGAACCAUUAAAUAACGAUCAACUGAAAAAGUUUCAUGAUGAUGGUUACUUGAUUGUUGAUAAUGCUUUCAGCGUUGAAGAGUGUCAAGCCUUAAGGAAUGAAUGUUUGAAAAUAGUUGAUGACUUUGAUAUUUCACAACAUCCAAAAACCAUUUUUAAGACAGGAAUAACCCAGAAAAAUGAUGAAUACUUUAUGACAAGCUCUGACAAGAUUAGGUUUUUCUUUGAACAAAACGCUUUUGACGAGAAUGGUAAGCUUCGCGUUGAAAAACAUCUCUCAUUGAAUAAAAUCGCGCACGCUCUCCAUGCACUCAAUCCAGAAUUUAAGAAAAUUACGUUUGACCAGCGAAUACAGGAAACUGUUAGGUCUCUGGGUUUCAAACAGCCAGCUAUUAGCCAGAGUAUGUUUAUUUUCAAGCAACCAAGAAUUGGAGGCGAAGUUACUCCUCAUCAAGAUGCGACGUUUCUUUACACAACUCCUGUAAAUUUGAUUGGGAUAUGGAUCGCUCUCGAAGACUGUACCGUGGACAAUGGUUGCCUAUGGUUCUUACCUAAAUCACAUAAAGAUGGUGUUACACAGCGUUUUGUUCGAGAGCCAACGGUAUCAGAAUAUGCAAUGUCUUUAAAGGGUCCGCCUAUUGACUUUGACAUGAGCAUGUUUGUUCCAGCCGAAGUUAAGGCAGGUGCAAUGGUGAUCAUUCAUGGACAAGUGAUACAUUACAGUGCACCGAACAUAUCGGACAGAUCAAGAAAUAUUUACACGUUCCAUGUGCACGAACAGGAAAACACCGAAUGGAGCAAGGAAAAUUGGAUGCAACCAACAGAAAGCUUGCCAUUCACGCCACUCUAUUCCCAAUAACACAAAUGAAACACGAAUAGCAAAAUACCUCAUUUUUUUAUUUUGUAAUUAUAACUUUAGAUUAGGUAUACUAUACACGCUUUGCUUUGUGCUUCAGGUGCUGUUCACAUAAACACGAGGCCAGCCUAAACAACAGGGUCUGAUUUAAGUACUGAGAAUCUUUCUUACAGAAUAAUUUAUUCAGAACAACGUAUUUUGUUGAUUCAUUUAAGAUUUGAUCGAGACCAAGUAACUACUGUAUUUUAAGAAAUUACAGUUUCUGAUUGGCUAAUAGCUAUGAGUGAAAUCGUCAUGUCCAACGAAUGACGUAAGAACGCGUUAUAUAAGUUCAUAAGUUUAUCAACUUUUUUUAUGCCCGCUAUACGUCAUGACUUGUGAUAAAUCCCAGGAGGUCUUAUGAGGUAGGCACUGUCUUAUAAUUUUGAGAACGACAUGAACCAGACAAGUAGGUUUU